AUGGGAAUGGCUUAUCAUCUCACAUUUGAUCCCCUUAAAGGCUGUUCUUUACUGGAUGUACAGAUGACGAAGUCAAAGUGGAGAUCGCAUGAGCGAAUGCACUGCGCAUGCUGUAAAACUUCGAUUGUUGACUUGCAUAGAAGCUGCCCUUCUUGUCAUUAUGACCUCUGCCUUCAAUGUUGCUGGGAAUUGCGAGAUGACAACCUUCAAGGAAACAAGGAAGAAGUUAUUUUUGAAUUUAAUGAUCCUGGUCCUGAUUACAUACAUGCUCAUGGUGAGCCUAAGGGAAACAUGGAAACAAGGAAUGUGGUCAGUUAUCUUGAGAAGGCUGCACCAAGGAAAAAGCAAACUCAUGACUGGAAGUCUUUGGAUGAUGGUAGAAUUCCUUGCCCUCCAGAAAGCAUGGGUGGUUGUGGUGGUGGAAUUCUAGAGUUGAUGCACAUAAAGCCACUUGACAUUGUUUCAAACUUGUUGGUGAAAGCAGGAGAGCUCUUAAAGAUGCACAAACCGGAGGAAGAUAUGAGGGAUAUAUCUGAGAAAUGGUGCGCGUUUGGUUAUCAGCAGUUACGAAAAGCUGCUUCUCGUGAAGAUUCUAGAGAUAAUUACUUGUAUUGUCCACGUGCUAUAGACAUUAAACCUGGAGAUUUAAAGCAUUUUCAAUGGCAUUGGUCAAAAGGGGAGCCAGUAAUAGUCAGCAAUGUUCUAGAAACUACACUUGGUUUGAGCUGGGAACCCAUGGUCAUGUUGCGUGCUUUUCACCAGAUGAAAAAUGCCAAACAUGAUAAGCUCUUGGAUGUGGUUGCUCUUAAUUGUUUGGAUUGGUCUGAGGUUGAUGUUAAGGUUCAAAAGUUUUUUACUUGGUAUACAGAAGGUCGAUACUACAAAGAAGGGUGGCCACAUAUCCUAAAGUUGAAAGAUUGGCCUCCAUCAAGUCUAUUUGAAGAACGGUUACCACUGAAGUUGCCUCCAAAAUCUUGUAAGCCAGACAUGGGUCCUAAAACAUAUAUAGCUUAUGGUGUUUCUCGAGAAUUGGGACGUGGUGACUCUGUAACUAAACUUCAUUGUCACAAGUCUGAUGUGGUGAAUGUGCUGACUCAUACUGCAACUGUGACCCUCGACUCUGAACAUUGUAAAAAGAUAAAUGUAUUGAAAAAGCUGCACAAGGUUCAGGAUCAGAAGGAACUUUAUGCUGAUAACACGAAAGAUGCUGCUUCCGAGCAAGGGACACCAGCUAUUGGUGAUGAGUCAGAUGAAUGCACAUUAGAGGAGGAAAGUUAUGAAGGAAUUGAUAAAAAGGUUAAGAGGAAGAGAAAGGAUUCAAUGAAAAGAGUUGAGGGACCAGAUGGAAAUAAACGAAAUAAAAUGAAAAAAGUCGAGGGACGAAAUGGAAAUAAACAAAAUACAAGGAAUGGCAGGAAAAAAGUGAUCUCUUCUGAUAGUGAAGAAGAUGAUCUGAAAGAGGGAGGUGCUUUGUGGGACAUAUUUAGGCGGGAAGAUACUCCUAAACUCCAGGAAUAUCUCAAAAAACACUUCAAAGAGUUCAGACAUUCCUUUUGUCUUCCACCACAGCAGGUUAUCCACCCAAUUCAUGAUCAAACAUUUUACUUAACCAUGGACCAUAAAAGGAAACUCAAAGAAGAGUUUGGAAUUGAAGCAUGGAGUUUUGUCCAAAAGCUUGGAGAUGCUGUCUUUAUACCUGCUGGUUGCGUUCAUCAAGUUAGAAAUUUAAAGUCAUGCAUAAAAGUUGCAUUGGAAUUUGUUUCUCCUGAAAACAUUGGUGAAUGCAUCCGGUUGACAGAAGAUUUUCGCCUUCUUCCCCAAAAUCAUAUGGCAAAAGAAGACAAAUUGGAGGUGAAGAAAAUGGCACUUUAUGCAGUGGAGACAGCUGUAAUGGACUUGGAAAAACUCGUCCCCAAGAAAUCUCAGCACCCUAAAGACUCCCAAGAUUAUCAAAACCCUGAAUGUGAUGAAAAUUCUCAGUUUGUAACGAAUCUUGAUCAAGUUCCAAUCACUGAAAAUCUCCAAACCUCGCAAAAUACUGAAAAUGAUGCUAAACGAAAAGAGGGAUUACACAAAGAUUGUGAAAAUGUUCGAAUCAUGCAAAAUACUGAAAGCGAAGCUGGAGGCGAAGUGGGAUUACAUAUAGAUUCUGAAAGUAUCCAAACCUUGCAAAAUAAUGAAGACCAUGCUAGAGGUAGAGUGGGAUUACAGAAGGAUCGUGUGACAACACCUUCUUGUUCAGAACAUGGAGUGGGUGAUGAAGAAAGCGGUGGCAACACGGAAAGAUCAAGGAGUAGUGAAAAGGGGGAUCAUUCUGUACACUCCACCUUGGAAGUGCCAAAGAGUGGUGGUUUAACAAGUCACCCUUCUACAAGUAGAGAUGCAUCUAAAAUGGAAGGAAAAUGUAUGGCGUCAAAAUCGUCUUUGUCUCCUAAUGAAAUUGUUGUAGAACUUCGUGCAAUGAGAGUUACUAGAGACAAUGAAGUUGAAGUCAUGAGAAAACGACUCGACUUGGAGCAAAAAAAGGAGGAAAGGAAGACCAUGAAGAUGCAUCACAUGCACCUUAAUACACUUUUGGCCAAAGAGCAUUUGUCGCCCAAAGAUGAAGACAUGAAAUGCCAUCUCUUGGCAAUGUUGUAUGGAAAGUCAUUGGAAUCUAUUUUCUAUAAAUGAGGAUCUUAUCUACCUGGAAUGUUGUAUUUUGUGCGAAUGUUUGUAACUUGUUUGUUUCUUUUCAAUUUCGUAUCGAGGUAGUAGUCUUUAUUGUACUGUUGUUUAUUCUAAUGUAUGAAACUCUUAUCUAAUUAUUAAUAUGGUUUUAGAAUGUGAAG